AUGAUAUGGAAUAAUGACGAUACGGAACAUAGUACAGGCGGUCUGUACAGGUGGACCAUGGACGCCUUGUUUGGAAGGCAAAUUUCUCCCUCAAGGAAGUUUAAAGAAGUCUCUCAAGAUGAUACAAACUACAACAUGAAGAGCCAUAAGGACAAGCAAUGGGACGGCCACGGUUUUCAACCAAGAACGCGAUCAAGUUCGGCGUCUUUCGAUCGCAGCUUCUUACAGCGGUAUGAACUCCUACAAGAUGAGGAAGAACAAGACAUUAUGAGGCCCGUCAGAAGUCCGGCGCGGCCGUACUUGAGCGCCGGUCACGCUGCUGGCCAAGAUGCAGCCUUAGCAAACGAUGAAAGCACAGACACCUUUUCUAACAAAAGGCAACGCUUUAAAGGGAAGUUUUCAGGUCCAAAAUAUCAUGAUGAGAGUCUUAAAUUUCGCGCUCCCGCUAAAAACGACCCCUUUAUCUCUAAGCUGUUUCAGAGAGAAAGCCCGGAACAUCCCAGCAAUCUUCCAGGCAAGUUCCCGUCUCCUUUCAAACAAGCCUUGGGGCUGCCGGCUGGGGUCCAGGUGCAGCUCGAUCCUGAAGAGCAAAUCCCCCAGAAAAUGUUCACAGACGAGUAUUUGCAACUCCUUGCAGAGCUUGAUCAGAAUGGCCAGAAGCUUAAGCAACUUCAGCAGGGUCUGCAUCAAAAACAGCAAGACCACAUUUUACAAGAAACAAGUUAUCGCGAAAAGUAUCACGUCAUGCGUCAAGAGCUCAUAACCGAGCUGAAACAGUCAAAAAAGCUUUACGAUAACUAUUAUAGGCUCUACGAGAAGCACAAAAAAAUGCGUGCUUUGGACACUGAUGCUUCGCGCUUGCGACAGCGCAUAAGUGAUCUAGAAGCACAAGUUGUCGAUGCAUCCAUUGAAAAAGCAGAAGAGGUCCGCAAGCUCAACGAGACCAUCUUUCAAUUAGAGUUCAGGGAGCAGGAAACGCAAUCGAAACACGAACGAGAAAGGAUUCGUUAUCAAUCUAGAAUUGCAGAAUUAGAAAGCAUCGUAGAAUCUAGACUUUCCAUUUCAAACGGCGUUCAGAAUCCACCACUUAGGGAACGUAUAAAGCCGGUAAACUCCUCAGCUAGGAUAUAG